GUCACCCAAAGGAGAACAUCAAUAUACAUUGAAUUUUAUUUGAGUAAAUUAUAUGUAUGACUUGUGUUUCAUGUACCAAAAUGCUUAUGUGAAGUUUUAUUAUGCAGUACCUGUUCCUAACUCAUUGAAUUCUCAUGUAUCAUCUGUACCAAUUUUUAAUGGGCUCAACUUCUCUGACUGGAAUGAGCAAGUCCAAUUUCAUCUCGGUGUUUUGGAUCUUGACCUUGCUAUAUUGGAAGAGAAGCCUGCUACUAUUAUUGAUGCUAGUAGCAAUGAACCGAAAGCUCAUUAUAAAGCUUGGGAAAGAUCUAACAGACUCAGCCUAAUGUUCAUGAGAAUGACUGUUGCAGAUAGUAUUAAGACAGCUCUCCCUAAAACUGAUAGUGCUAAAGAGUUUAUGGGGUUAGUGGGAGAGCGCUCUCAAACAACUGAUAAGUCUCUUGCUGGGACAUUAAUGAGUACACUAACCACCAUGAAGUUUGAUGGUUCGCGUACUAUGCAUGAACAUGCCAUUGAGAUGACAAACAUUGUAGCAAGACUUAAGACCUUGGGAAUGGCUGUGAAUGAGAACUUCCUUGUUCAGUUUAUUCUAAACUCAUUACCGUCUGAGUAUGGCCCGUUUCAAAUGAGCUAUAAUACCAUGAAAGAUAAAUGGAAUGUGCAUGAAUUGCACAGUAUGUUAGUUCAGGAAGAAACAGGGCUUAAGAAUCAAGGAAGUCACUCAAUCCAUUAUGUAAGCCACCGAGGGAAUCAAGGAGCUGGAAAAAAAUUUGUAAAGAAACAUGAUAAAGGCAAAUGACCAUUAAAGAUCAAGGACGGUCCUGUGCAAAUCCAGAAGAAAGCAUCAAAGAACAAUAAUUGUCAUUUUUGUGGAAAAUCUGGACACUUCCAGAAAGAUUGCCCAAAGCGUAAGUCUUGGUUCGAAAAGAAAGGGAUUCCUUACAAUCCAGACCAUAAGCCCAAAUGAGAAGUUUGUUUUCAUGGGGAAUAGAGUGAAAGCUCCAGUGGAAGCGGUCGGGACUUAUUGUUUAAAACUCGACACUGG